AUGACUCACAAUGAGAAGCCCCCGAUGCUAGAAAGUGAGGCGUUUUUCGAUUGGAAGGUUCAAAUGUAUCUAUAUUUGAUUACCAUUGAUGAUGAAAUGGUGACCAUUCUUAACGAAGGUCCGAUAAAGAUUGAGAAGGAGAAAGGUGAAUGGACAGCCGAAGAUAUGCGAAGGAACAACAUAGACAACCAUUGCAGAAGACAUAUCUUCAAAUCUCUAGACAGAAACACUUUCGGAAAAGUCAGAGAUUGUACGACUACAAAGGAAGCAUGGGAAAUGAAAUUUGAGAACAUUAAAAUGAAACCGGGUGAAACCAUGAAUGAAUUCAGUGAUCGAUUCACAAAUGUGGUAAAUGAGUUGUCUACCCUUGAAAAGAAGUAUAACAACAAAGAAAUUAUUGUCAAAGCAUUGAGGUCUCUUCCUAGUACUUGGGAUAUAAAAACAAUGGUGAUGCGAGAAUCUAACAGUCUCGGGCAAAUGAAACUGCAUGAUGUGUUUGAGGACUUGAACGCAUACGAGUUUGAGAUUAGAUCUCGGAUCGAAGAUGAAUCCUCAACGUCAAACGCAACCAUAGAUCUAGUGACAUUUGUAGAGCCAACCGUUCCGGCACCAAUCAAAAUCGCUAAACAGUUUACCGAAGAUGCGAUGACCAUGCUUGCAAGAAAAUUCGAAAGAUUCAUAAAGAAGAGUCAACCAUCAAAUAACAACAACUACAACUAUAACUAUGGUCAUUAUAGGUCGGAGUGCAGAAGACCAAGGAGAGACGACCGAAGGCCAGAUGAUCGUAGACCGGAUGAUAACAACCAGAUAGGUGAAUAUCAACAAUCCGGUGAAGACAAAGAAAUUCAGAAGGCAUUACUAGCCGAUGAUGGUGGAAGCUAUUGGGCUUAUUCCGACACGGAGAACAAUGACAACAAAUUUCCUUAUCUCAUGGCUAAGGAGGAAGAGGUAUUUGAUUUCUCUUUUGAAGAGUUCAUUAAGGAAGAUUUGGUCACUACUCUGAAUGACAUGGUCAUUGAAUUCAAGAACCUGUCUGCCCUUGUACCUACCCGGCUGAAUGUCCAUACCGAUCAACCGAGUAACUUCCAAACCGGUGAAUCAAUUGGAACCAAGACCGAUGAACCGGUUGAACUAUCCUAUGAGAAUGAGAAGCUCAAAGAGACGGUUCAAUCGCUAACCGAAGAAAAUUAA